AUGAUGCUGCGAGCAUCAGAGAAAGCUGUUCCAACUUCUCGGGUUUUUUUUAGGGCUUUUUUGCUACGGAGUUUCCAUAAUGGACCUCUCAGAAGGGUUCAUCCCGCAUCAUAUUACCACUCAUUUGUGAGACCUUCGACGCCAGUUCAUAUCUCAAGAGAACUAAUCCAGCACCUCACACAUCGCAGAUUUGCAUCAUUUUUCCCCAAGCUUCUCGCCAGAACCGUAAAGAUACCCGCCUAUAUUGGCGGAGGAGCUGCUGCCGUGAGCUCUUAUGUUGCAUACAAAGUCGAGGAAGCGACCAAUUUCUCUCACGAGAAGCUCUCACAGCUUAAAGACUUUGCCCAAAACAUGAAAAAUAGGCUAGGCGACGCUUUUGGCGGCCAGGGUGGUUCUGACGGCGAAGGAGGUGACGCUGGUGAUCGAGAUGCUGUAGCAGCAGCAGCACUUCUGGCAUCUGUGGGCAAAGGAGACCCCAGUGCAGAAGCUAAAGAAGAAGAAGAAGAAGACGAUGACGAAGAAGAAGGCGACGAUAACACCGAAAACGAUAUUUUGAACCUGACCAAACAGAUGAUCGAAAUACGGGCUAUCCUCAACAAGGUAGACUCAUCCUCAGCCAAUCUGACGCUACCGUCUAUUGUAGUGGUGGGCUCACAAUCGUCCGGAAAAUCGUCCGUUCUUGAAUCGAUCGUUGGAAAAGAAUUCCUGCCCAAAGGUUCCAAUAUGGUCACCAGAAGACCCAUUGAACUGACGUUGGUCAACACUGCCGGAUUAAACGAGACUACAGCAGAUUUUCCUUCUCUCCGCGCCUACAAUAUCAAAGAUUUCAACGAAGUCAAGCGGAUCCUGAUGGAACAAAAUAUGGCCGUGCCCUCUUCGGAAGCCGUGUCUGCCGACCCCAUUCAGCUGACCAUCAAAUCGUCCCGUGUUCCGGACUUGUCUUUGGUUGAUCUACCUGGAUACAUUCAAGUGGAAGCUGCAGAUCAACCACUAGAGCUGAAGAAUAAGAUUCGUCAAUUAUGUGACACAUACCUGGCAGAACCAAAUAUCAUACUGGCAAUUUCCGCUGCUGACGUUGAUUUGGCAAACAGUAGUGCAUUGCGGGCUAGUAAAGUUGCAGAUCCAAAGGGAACGAGAACCAUAGGUGUCAUCACAAAGCUGGAUUUGGUGGAUCCCGCUCGAGCUCGCGAAAUCCUUAACAGUAAAAAAUAUCCACUCAAAAUGGGCUACGUUGGUGUCAUUACAAGGGCUCCGAAUACAACGGCCAAAUUCUUUGAUACUGGUUCAAAACAAGGGUUAUUUGCUCGAAAAGAUCCAAAAGAAACAGCGGUCGAACAAACACGUUCGUUUGAACGAGGUUACUUCAAGCAGAACAAAAACGCUUUUGCCAACUGUCAAGUUUCAACCAAAAGGCUCAGAGAAAAGCUCAUCAGCAUUUUGGAAAUAUCCAUGUCCGAGGCUCUAGAACCUACUUCCCGAUUGAUUCACCAAGAACUAGAUGACACAUCAUACCUUUUCAAAGUGGAGUUUAAUGAUCGACAACUCACUCCCAAAUCGUACCUCCUGAGUAACGUAGACGUUUUGAAACUGUCGAUAAAGGAACUACAGGAAAAGUUCAAUAGAUACGAACUAAAGUCCAUUCUGAAAGCCGAUCUAGAUCAGCGUGUGCUCGAUCUUCUUGCAACGCGGUAUUGGAAAGACGACAAUUUACAGGAACUGACCGCCAAGAAAACCGAAAAGGAUGAAUCCUCGGCAUUAUACUGGCACAAAAAAUUAGAGCUGUCUUCCGGAAGUCUCACCAAAAUAGGUGUGGGAAGAAUAUCUACAUCUUUGGUCACUAACGCAAUAUUGAAGGAGCUCGAAAACGUACUUGAUUUGACACAGCUCAAAAAUCACGACUUGAUCAAGGAACUGGUAAACAAUACAGCGGUGAACGUAUUGAAUACAAAAUACUACUCCACCGCUGAUCAAGUUGAGAACUGCAUUAAACCAUUCAAGUAUGAAAUAGAUCUGGAGGAGCGUGACUGGGCAGUGGCGCAUGAACACACGACAAAACUGAUGAGGGAGGAGAUUAGACAAUGCACUGACAGAUUACAGGCCAUAAAAAGUAUGGUUGGCGGCCGUAAACUGUCACAGGUUAUGACUUAUUUGAAACAGGAUGCUGGACACCAGGAAACGCUAGGCUUUUCCGCGCUGCUGCUAGAGCGUGGUAGAGAAGCUGAAUUUUUGGAGAAAAGAUCUCACCUGCUAAAUUUCAGGCUGAAGCUUCUCAAGAACAAAUGCCACUCCACUGCUGACAAGGACUUGUGUCCGGAAGUUUUUUUGAACGCUGUCAGCGACAAGCUGACUUCGACUGCCGUUUUAUUUUUGAAUGUUGAACUGCUCAGCGAUUUCUUUUACAAUUUUCCGAUCGAACUGGAUAGAAAGCUAUCGGGGCUGUCUGACGAACAAGUAGAGCUAUUUGCCAAAGAGGAUCCGCGUAUUGCCCGUCAUAUCGAUCUGCAAAAGCGGAAGGAUCUUUUGGAGCUUGCUCUCGAGCGCAUUGACUCCAUUCUGAUGUACAAACGAAGCUACAAAAAUUCCAAGUCUUGA